AUGACUUUAGCAGUUUUGCUCAACGAUCUCCAGGAGAACAAGAAGAUUCACAAACGGCGAAGAUCGCGCGCCCGUCGCAAGGAAUAUCUGCAAGAACUCGAGACCAAGUACAGGUCGUGCGAGGCCGUAGGAGCAGAGGCUUCACAGGAAAUACAGAGUGCCGCCCGAAAAGUCCUCGACGAAAACAAGCGUCUGCGCCGCCUGCUACGGAACCAGGGCUUCAGCGACGCCGACAUUGAUGGCCCCGAGCACGAUGAGUUCGCCUCGUCGCCCUCGGCUGCUGAGAUGCUAGAGGUCAUGCUGGUGACCAGAAAGCCGUGUAGACCAUCGUCGGGCUCAGGCUGUGGCGACAGUCGGGUGUGCAAGACCGAGGACGAGGACGAUGACGCCGACUCGAGACGACAGAGCAUUAUCUCAGCCCCUGCUGCUCCAGCAUCAGCUGCUGCAAAACCGCAACAGCAGAAACAGCUCCGGCCCAUCGCUCUUGCCCCUGCUCCUGCCUCUGCUGCAUCUACUCCGGUCUCCAGGCCCCAGUCCCACGGCCCUGCUGUGCACAAUCAACAGUUGCCUCAGCAUCAACAACAACACUUCCAACAGGGUCAGCAGCAUAUGCAAUUCCAAGGUCAUCCUCAGCAUCGACAGCUGCAACCUCAGCAGCAGUUCUUCAUGUCGCCUGCGUCCCACGCCUCUGCACCUCUUGCACCUCAUCAGAACGUACAUACCUCUCCUGGAGCCUUCUCUCAGGAAUACCCUAUAUAUGCACCACAACCCUUCGGCUAUCCAGUACCCCAAUCCCAAUUGCUGGACUGGGACAUGGCCGCCGCCGACUCCAUGCCACAACCCGGAAGCUACCCGCCUGGAACCCAGUUCACAUCACCCCCGCCCAACUUCCCAGUCUCAGCAGCAUACGCAUCACCCACUCAUUCGGCCACUGCUGGAUACAAGCGUCAAGACAACACCUCAUCGUGCUUCACAGCGGCAGGCGCCAUCCGCGCUUUGCACUCCGAAGCAGGCGACGAGGUCGAGUCAGCGCUGGGCUGCCGUGCUGGCGGCAACGACUGUCGCGUCGACAACAACAUGGUCUUUGACCUUAUGGAUCGCUAUGCUAGCGUUCAUGGGCAACAAGGUGUAUGA